AAGGACGGUGGAGGAAGCCCAUUCUCCGUCAUGGCGGGGCCGGUCAGCUUGCGAGAACUUCUCAUGGGAGCGUCGGCCUGGCUGGGCUCUGAGAGUCCCGGAGGUCCCCCCGCUGAAGGCGGAGGGAACGCGGCUGGCGUGCCGGAGCCUCCGUGGAGGGAAGAUGAGAUCUGCGUGGUGGGAAUCUUCGGCAAGACGGCUCUGCGCCUGAACUCCGAGAAGUUCUCUCUAGUGAACACUGUGUGCGACCGACAGGUUUUCCCUCUCUUUCACCACCAGGAUCCUGGGGAUCCCGGGCCUGUAUUCAAGACGGAAACAGUCUCCCCCGGAGAAGCCGGGGGAGCCGGGGACCCUGGGGCUGCCGCCGGGGAUUCACUUCGUGGAGGUAUGGCUGCCGCGGAAGGUAACCAAGCUGAGCCAGGUCCCCAGGACUUUAGCCUUCUGCAGGCUUACUAUAACCAGGAAAGCAAAGUCCUGUAUCUUAUUCUCACUUCCAUCUGUGACAAUUCACAGCUUCUGCGUGCUUGUCGGGCUCUCCAGAGCGGAGAAGCUGGUGGCGGCCUCUCUUUACCUCACGCGGAAACACAUGAGUUCUGGAAGCAUCAGGAGAAGUUGCAGUGUCUCAGUCUCCUUUACCUUUUCUCUGUCUGUCAUAUAUUGCUCCUGGUCCAUCCGACUUGUUCCUUUGACAUCACUUAUGAUCGAGUAUUCAGAGCCCUGGAUGGGUUGAGACAGAAAGUACUACCCCUCCUUAAAACAGCCAUUAAGGAUUGUCCAGUUGGCAAAGACUGGAAGUUAAACUGCCGACCUUGCCCACCUAGACUCCUUUUCCUCUUUCAACUCAAUGGAGCCCUCAAAGUGGAACCCCCUCGGAGCCAAGAUACAGCUCAUCCAGAUAAGCCCAAGAAGCAUUCUCCCAAAAGAAGACUGCAGCAUGCCCUGGAGGAUCAGAUCUAUAGAAUCUUCCGCAAGAGUCGAGUCUUGACGAAUCAGAGUAUCAACUGCCUCUUUACGGUACCUGCCAACCAAGCUUUUGUGUACAUAGUCCCAGGAAGCCAGGAGGAGGACCCAAUUGGCAUGUUGCUGGACCAGCUUAGGAGCCACUGUACUGUGAAGGACCCUGAGUCUUUGUUGGUGCCUGCACCCCUCUCUGGACCUAGGCGUUAUCAAGUAAUGAGGCAACACGGCCGACAACAGCUCUCCUUCCACACCGAUAGCAGCACCUCCAGUUCUUCAGGCCAGCUAGUGGAUUUCACCCUUCGAGAAUUCCUGUGGCAGCACGUGGAGCUGGUCCUAAGCAAAAAAGGUUUCGAUGAUAGUGUGGGCAGGAACCCACAGCCCUCCCAUUUUGAACUUCCCACUUACCAGAAGUGGAUCUCAGCGGCUGCGAAACUGUAUGAAGCGGCUAUUGACGGGAAAGAAGAGGAUUUGGGCUCACCCACUGGGGAGCUAACCUCUAAGAUUUUAAGCAGUAUUAAAGUCUUAGAAGGGUUUUUAGAUAUAGACACAAAAUUCUCAGAAAACCGGUGCCAAAAAGCUUUACCCAUGGCUCAUAGUGCCUACCAGUCCAACUUGCCUCACAAUUACACCAUGACAGUCCACAAGAACCAGCUUGCCCAGGCCCUUCGAGUAUACAGUCAACACGCGCGAGGCCCAGCCUUUCACAAAUACGCCAUGCAAUUGCAUGAGGACUGCUACAAAUUCUGGAGCAACGGCCAUCAGCUCUGUGAAGAGAGAAGUUUGACUGACCAGCACUGUGUACACAAAUUUCACUCCUUACCGAAAUCUGGAGAAAAACCAGAGGCGGAUAGGAACCCACCUGUGCUCUACCACAAUAGCCGAGCCCGCUCCACCGGAGCCUGCAACUGCGGAAGGAAACAGGCACCUCGAGACGACCCCUUUGACAUCAAGGCCGCUAACUAUGACUUUUACCAGCUUCUGGAAGAAAAGUGUUGUGGAAAGUUGGACCAUAUCAAUUUCCCCGUAUUUGAGCCAAGUACUCCAGAUCCUGCUCCUGCCAAAAAUGAACCAUCUCCUGCCCCACCUGACUCAGAUGCCGAGAAACUUAAAGAAAAAGAACCGCAAACCCAAGGAGAGAGCACAAGCCUGAGUUUAGCUUUGAGCUUGGGCCAGUCAACAGAUAGCCUGGGUACCUACCCAGCUGACCCACAAGCCGGAGGAGACAAUCCAGAGGUUCAUGGUCAAGGGGAAGUGAAAUCUGACAAGAGGCCAAACUUGGUUGAUCGGCAGGCAUCCACAGUUGAAUAUCUCCCAGGCAUGCUACAUUCAAAUUGCCCAAAAGGUCUGUUACCCAAAUUCUCCAGCUGGUCUUUGGUUAAACUAGGCCCAGCCAAGUCCUACAACUUUCAUACAGGUUUGGACCAACAGGGCUUCGUUCCAGGAACAAACUAUCUUAUGCCUUGGGACAUUGUCAUCAGGGCUAGAGCUGAAGAUGAAGGAGACUUAGACACAAAUUCCUGGCCUGCUCCAAAUAAAGCUAUUCCUGGAAAGAGAAGUGCAGUUGUCGUGGGGCGAGGACGGCGGCGGGAUGACAUAGCGAGAGCCUUUGUUGGCUUUGAGUAUGAAGACUCUCGAGGUCGGAGAUUCAUGUGCUCAGGGCCUGACAAAGUAAUGAAGGUGAUGGGAAGUGGACCAAAGGAAUCAGCUUUAAAAGCCCUAAACAGUGAUAUGCCCCUGUACAUUCUGUCCUCGUCUCAGGGCAGAGGGCUCAAACCACAUUAUGCCCAACUUAUGAGGCUUUUUGUUGUGGUUCCUGAUGCUCCUUUGCAGAUUAUACUGAUGCCACAGGUUCAACCAGGCCCACCACCAUGUCCAGUAUUUUACCCAGAAAAACAAGAAAUCACUCUCCCACCUGAUGGCCUUUGGGUUCUGAGAUUUCCUUAUGCAUAUGUGACUGAGAGGGGACCUUGUUUCCCCCCUAAGGAGAAUGUGCAGCUAAUGAGCUACAAGGUGCUCCGUGGAGUCCUGAAAGCAGUGACACAAUAGGUUUCCCGCCAUCCAGUUCCAGGCUGUAGCUGAUGUUCGUCUUGUUUUAAUGUGUGUGAGAUUUUGUUUUGUUUUG